AGCGCUGUCUGACAAACGGUGACGUCACCUCCCCGGUCACGCGCCGUUCUGUAACGUGCCAACUUGUACUCUUUGACAGCAGCGCUUCCGUUUUUAAAAUACACGCUCGGUACCGUCUAAAUAUUCCCGAGCCGUGGUGAAUUAGUAACGACAUGUGCGCGUUCGCGUGUUUGUGACAUAGUAAGGCUUCACUUUGUUAAGUUUCACUGCCGAUUGGACCCGUUAGCCGGUUAGCCAUUGCUAGGUAACGGUAGCUGUCAACAGAUCAACGGCUCCAAAGCCGUUAGUCACGGCAGGAUGGAAAAUUCAGAGACCAAUCCUCCAUCGAGGCCCCUGGCAGUGCCGGACAGAGGCAUGUUGCGACCCUCCGCCCCGCUCGGUCAGAUGUCAGAGUCACCCAGGGCCUCUAAGCACAGGGAGCACUCGUCCAAGUCACCAAGGAAACGACGGGAUGGGAAGAGGUCGCAGCGACGGGGGGGCGAUCAUGAACAGCUGCUGUGGGAGAUUGAGCGCCGGAGGUUGCCAGGCCAACACGAGCACUUGGAGCCCUGCAGUUCAGCAAGCGACACAGCGGAAAGUUCUCCUAAGAGAAGAGCCCACUUUCUACAUGGACCGUAUCCAGCCACUCACUUCGGACCCAAAGCCUGCAUUCUUCCCAACCCAACUUCAGUCAUGCACAUCCAAGACCCGGCCAGCCAGAGGCUCACCUGGAACAAACCUCCAGUGAAUGUGCUCGUCAUCAGGAAAAUCAGAGAUGAGAGCCUGGCUGAACCUUUCAAAGAGCUCUGCAGGUUUCUAGUAGAGGAGAAGCAGAUGAUGGUGUACGUGGAGCGCAGGGUCGCAGAUGACGCCACGCUGUCGAAGGACGAGGCGUUCGGCUCAAUCCGUAAUCAGCUCUGCACCUUCAGAGAGGGUUACGAUGAUAUAUCCGACUGCAUCGAUCUCAUCAUUUGUCUGGGUGGCGACGGGACUUUGCUUUACGCCUCUUCGCUCUUCCAGGGAAGUGUCCCUCCAGUCAUGGCAUUCCACCUUGGCUCUCUGGGCUUUCUGACACCGUUCAAGUUUGAGUCAUACAAGACUGAAGUAGCCAAAGUGUUUGAAGGCAACGCAGCAAUCACUCUGCGCAGUCGUCUGAAGGUGAAGGUGGUGAAGGACAUGCUUCAGAGAACAGGAGAGCAGCCGUACAGCGGAGGGCCACAACAACAGCCGGAGCACAAUGGACUCCUUCCUCAUGGACACACCAACACUGAUGCUGGCAGGGUCACCCUGCAGCUACAGGUGUUGAAUGAGGUGGUGGUGGAUCGAGGACCCUCCUCCUACCUGUCCAACGUGGACUUGUACCUUGACGGACGACUCAUCACCUCAGUGCAGGGAGACGGUUUGAUCGUGUCCACACCUACAGGCAGCACGGCGUACGCGGCUGCAGCAGGAGCUUCUAUGAUCCAUCCCAAUGUCCCCGCCAUCAUGGUCACUCCCAUUUGCCCCCACUCGCUCUCUUUCAGGCCCAUCGUGGUUCCUGCUGGGGUGGAGCUCAUGAUCACGUUGUCCCCUGAUGCCAGGAACACUGCCUGGGUGUCGUUUGAUGGCAGGAAGAGGCAGGAGAUCCAGCACGGAGACUGUAUUAAGAUCACGACCUCCUGUUAUCCGGUGCCAUCGAUCUGUUGUCACGACCUGGUGUAUGACUGGUUUGAAAGUCUAGCUCAGUGUUUGCACUGGAACGUACGCAAGAGGCAGGCCCGACUCGCAGACACCUCUGACUCGUCAGACACAGAAAACUGACUGGUAUUUUUGGGGUUCAAAGACAUUCAGCUGAAGCUCUCUGUAGCAGCCCGGAGAGAACGAAGGGAUCAGGUUUGUUCAGAGACGAACUGAGGAAUCGUCUGCAACCAAAUCAGCGGUGCACAGUGAUCAUUUGCACCCCAAGUCAUCAACGCAUUACAGUCCAGUGAAUACACACUGUAGUUUAUGUGUAUCUUCCAGAAAGAAAGCAUGUUUCAUCUUACCCGGGAAUGGAAAAAAAAAAAUCUUAACAAUUGCAUGAUGAUGACCACCCGAAGCUCCUCAUGAGUACUAAACAAUCAUCAAUGAUAAGUGUAAGAGUGCUAGAUGUUAGCGACAUAAACGUAGAGAUACACUGAAAGCUGAAAUGAAGCAAACAUACUCUUUGUACUCAACCUUUAAAUGUAAAUUUGUAAAUACAAGAAUCUAGGAUUAAUUUAUUUAACGUCAUAUUUAUGUAAUAUCUGAAUAUUUUCAGGACAGGAGUUUGAAGCAAGUUUAAGAAAACAGUCGACUUAAAAUGAAAUUUCUAUCACGGAGUAAACCAAAGACGACUGUAUGUGAUUGUUUUCUACUUUAUGAACGUCUUGUGGAGUUCACGGCCUACUUUCUGUUCUCACCGUAAAACACUUCAUGUUUCAGCUGCCUUACAAACUUCUCAGCCUGAGUUAUAAUGUAAGUCAGAUUUCUGUGUCGCCGUUGUUAUCAACAGAUUGUGAAAUGAUUAAAAGAUGUAGCAGGAGCCAAACUUAAAAAUAAAGAAAAAACAAACUUUU